AUGCCAGACGAAUCGGUUUGUCCAAUCGUGUCUCUGCGUGUCUGCUGGACGGACUGGCUUGGUCUUCGGGUGGCCGACACGACAAUCUGGAGCGUUUCUGGAGCUGGUUGUGAUGUGGAGCCUGUUGUUGUCGAGGCACGACAGUCAGGUCGCUCGGCCAGCCAGCCAGAUGGACGGGUAGAUGUAGAGAUAGACAAGCAAUUGGUUCGUUGA